UCUCUGAGACAUGAAUGCGAAAUUGAACUCAGAAUCUGAUGCGACUUUUUCUUUUUCUGGGGGGAGCCAACUGACUCUGAUACAGUUGAUGCGCGCGACUAAUAACGAAGAGAACAAAAGAAGCAGGAAUAGAUCGUCAAGGGUUAACACGGAUUUGUACUUGGCCUAAUGGCGAGCUUAGUGUCUGUGGCCGGUGCACUUACAGCGAACGAUCGCCGGAUUUUGUCGGCCGUGAACACCGGAGCGUCGAGCCUUUCAUUCGUCGGGUCGAGCUUCAUUGUGCUCUGCUACGUCCUAUUCACGGAGCUCCGCAAAUUUUCCUUCAAGCUUGUUUUCUACCUUGCCCUCUCUGACAUGCUUUGCAGUUUCUUCAACAUAGUAGGGGACCCAUCCAAAGGUUUCUUUUGUUAUGCUCAGAGUUACAGCACACAUUUCUUUUGUGUGGCAUCUUUCCUAUGGACUACAACAAUUGCUUUUACCCUUCAUCGUACUGUUGUUAGGCACAAAACAGAUGUUGAAGAUUUGGAGGCCAUGUUUCAUCUAUAUGUUUGGGGUACGUCCCUAGUCAUGACAGUCAGUCGCUCCUUUGGUAAUGACCAUAGACAUUUUGGCACAUGGUGUUCUAGUCAAAUGGGUCGCACAGGGAAGGCAAUUCAUUUUAUCACAUUUUAUAUGCCACUUUGGGGUGCAAUUCUUUACAAUGGGUUUACAUAUUUUCAAGUAAUACGCAUGCUGAACAAUGCAACCCGUAUGGCAGUUGGUAUUUCAGACCGAAAUUAUGUCUCAGAUACAAGGGAUAAUAUGAAGGCUGUGAGUCGCUGGGGAUACUAUCCUCUGAUUCUAAUAGGAUCAUUUGCAUUUGGCACUAUCAACCGCAUUCAUGAUUUUAUUGAACCUGACCAUAAGAUCUUUUGGCUUUCAUUUCUAGACGUUGGAACGGCUGCCCUUAUGGGCCUCUUCAACUCAAUAGCAUAUGGCCUCAAUUCUUCUGUUCGUCGAGCAAUUUGUGAGAGGCUAAACAUGUUCUUGCCAGAGAGACUUUGCAGAUGGCUUCCUAACAAUUUGAAGUAUAGAAACCAACAGCAAGAAAGUGAGCUAGUCUCGUUAAAGAUUGAAGAUGAACGAUAGUAAAUGGACAUGGCAUGAACCUCCAUACCAAAUUUUGACGUUUUUCAUCCUAGUUUAGGUAGACGAAGUUUUCAUGGGGAUCAAAAGGUCUGCUAGCAGCAUUCAUUCAAUGCUAUUUGUUGCAUUGCUCUGUCACUCACUGAUUUGAAUCAUGUAAUCAUAUGAAAUCUGGCUUGCAUGCCCAUGCCUGGCACUUGUCAUAGAAAACAGCGGAUGAGCCAGCUUAUUUUGAUGUGUCGGGAAUCUAUGAUUAUGCUCAAGCUAAGGCCCACUUGUGACUGCUGCAACAACUAGCAAGGGCAAUUUUUUAAUGGAGGUGUAGACUCCUGUUCCUGUAGUUAUUUUUGCAGAUCCUAAUUUUGAGCAUUUUGUACAUGUCCCUGUAUCUCUCAUUUUUGAGAUAGGACGUUUGAUUGAUAUUUUUUGUAGUAUAAUAUUGGGGCACAUCCAAAUGUUGCACUAUCUUUUCCAGAUCGGCACUGUAUUUACUAUUUUACUCCUCUCCCGGCAAUUAAGGUGAAAGCUUGAAAUUUA